AUGCAUUCUCUUUGCAAUGAUUUGGGAAAGGACGAUGCCAUCGGAGGGAAUGUGAACAAAUAUAUGGUGCUUCCAACUGGAUACUGUGGACAGCCCAAGAAAGGACAUCUUGUCUUUGAUGCUUGCUUUGAGAGUGGUAACCUUGGACGGGUGGACCAGGUCUCUGAGUUUGAGUAUGAUUUGUUCAUUAGGCCGGAUACCUGUAAUCCACGCUUCCGAGUCUGGUUCAACUUUACUGUUGAAAAUGUGAAAGAAUCACAGGUGAGGGAAAUAGUGGAUACCUUCAGUUUGGUUUCGAGAGUUAUUUUCAACAUUGUUAACUUCAGCAAAACCAAGAGUCUUUAUAGAGAUGGGAUGGCCCCUAUGGUGAAAUCUACGAGCAGACCAAAAUGGCAAAGGCUGCCACCUAAAAAUGUUUACUACUACCGUUGCCCGGACCAUAGGAAGAAUUAUGUGAUGUCCUUUGCAUUUUGUUUUGACCGAGAAGAAGAUGUUUACCAAUUUGCCUACUGCUACCCGUAUACAUACACCCGCUUUCAGCAUUACCUUGACAGCCUGCAGAAGAGAAACAUGGAUUAUUUCUUUCGGGAGCAGCUGGGCCAGAGCGUGCAACAGCGGCAGCUUGAUCUCCUAACAAUAACCAACCCCGACAAUCUUCGGGAAGGAGCAGAGCAGAAGGUGGUAUUCAUCACGGGACGAGUCCACCCAGGGGAAACACCCUCUUCCUUUGUGUGCCAAGGGAUCAUUGACUUCCUCAUAAGCCAGCACCCAAUUGCUCGUGUCCUGCGGGAACACCUGGUCUUCAAGAUUGCACCAAUGCUCAACCCUGACGGAGUCUACCUGGGCAAUUACAGGUGCUCUCUGAUGGGGUUUGACCUGAACCGUCACUGGCUGGAUCCCUCUCCAUGGGCCCACCCUACCCUGUAUGGGGUAAAACAGCUCAUCAUCCAGAUGUACAACGACCCAAAGACAAGCCUGGAGUUCUAUAUCGACAUCCAUGCUCACUCCACCAUGAUGAAUGGCUUCAUGUACGGCAAUGUCUUUGAGGAUGAGGAGCGCUUCCAGAGGCAGGCCAUCUUCCCCAAACUGCUCUGCCAGAACGCUGAGGACUUUUCCUAUUCCAGCACAUCCUUCAACCGAGACGCCGUGAAGGCAGGCACUGGCCGCCGCUUCCUCGGUGGCCUCCUGGACCACACUUCCUCCUGCUACACCCUGGAGGUCUCCUUCUACAGCUACAUCAGCGGGGGUACCACUGCUGCGGUGCCCUACACCGAGGAAGCCUAUAUGAAGCUGGGGCGGAACGUGGCCAGAACGUUUUUGGAUUAUUAUCGGCUGGACCCCAUGGUUGAGAAAAUGGCGAUUCCCAUGCCAAGGCUGCGGAAAGAAAGACCCCCUCCCUACAAGUACCCACUCCGGCGGGGCCCGACCAGCAGCUAUCCCAUCAGCAAAGGGGACAAGAAGAGCUCAGUGAACCACAAAGACCCUUCAAACUCUUUUUAA